AUGUUGUCGGUGCCAAUCGCUAUCCAGAACGGCAAACACCGGUCGCUACCGCCGCUUCUUCUGCCGGGCGUCGUUUGUGCGUCGCACAACUACCUCGAGUUCCGGUGCAAUGGCGGGCCCUCGUGUUUCUGGCAAGAUCCUUUCCUAGCGAAAGGCGGCGCGCCGGCGCAUCUCGAGUCCCUUGCAGCAGAAGCGACUAAGCGCAGAAAGAUUAGCAAAGCCGAGCAAAUGCCGGGUGGUGCGCCGGCGCCGGCGCCGGCGGCGUCCGCCACGCCCGAGCGCAUUCCGAACGGCGCUGCCGGCGUUGCCACCAGCAGCAUCCAGCCGUUAAGGACGUCACCUGCGCCGGCCGGCGCAGGUGGCGCCGCAGGCGCCGCGGCCGCCCUGGGCCGUUCUAAGCGGCAACGGUCGGGACCCAGUUGCGACGCAUGUCGCGCUAAAAAAAUCAAAUGCGAUGCGUCCGUUGACGUCAUCGCGCAAGACGAGGCGCUCGUGCACGUCGCAGGCGAUUCGCUGCACACAGAGCUCACGCAGGAGCAGAUCUCCGCACUGCCACAAAGGAUUGCCGCACAGGUACCGCGGGACCUUACGUCCGUCACGCUCGUGAAACACAUAGACAAACUCGUGGCGUUUUACGCCUGCACGUCCUGUCGCAAGCGACAGGCCGCCGACGCAGAAACGCAUGCAGAACUGGCAAGCGCCGACUGCGCUUGCCAGUUCUCUAAGGGGUACACUCGCAUGGACAUCAACGUGUUCACGCGGCUGGAACGGCAAUUGGGUGCCCGCGGGCGGUUAUCCGCUUAUUCCGCUGCGGACUUUAAGGCGGUCGGGUUUUGA